CUGCCGCCGCUGCUGCUCCUGCUGGCGCUGGCGGCGCCCUCGCGGGGCGGCGGGGGCUGCGCCGAGCUGGCGUGCGGCGAGCGGGAGCGCUGCUGCGACGCGGCCAACGCCACCGCGGUGCGCUGCUGCAAGCUGCCGCUGCACGCCUUCCUCGACAACGUGGGCUGGUUCGUCCGCAAGCUGUCCGGGCUGCUCAUCCUGCUCGUGCUCUUCGCCAUCGGCUACUUCCUGCAGCGCAUCAUCUGCCCCAGUCCACGCAGGUACCCGCGCGGGCAGGCGCGGCCCGGGCCGCCGGGGGCCGCGGGGCCGCCCGACGACGACGACGACACCUCGCCCGCGCUACUGCGCGACGAGGCGGCCGCGGGUUCCCAGGACUCGCUGCUGGACAGUGGCGGCGGCGGCGGGGGCCGGGGCGGGCGCUCGGCCCCACCCUGCGCUUCGGAGCACGAGCUGCGCGUAGUCUCGCCGGUCUUCCUGCAGCUGCCCAGCUACGAGGAAGUCAAGUACCUGCCAACCUAUGAGGAGUCCAUGCGACUACAGCACCUCAGCCCCGGGGAGGUCGUGCUGCCCGUGUCGGUGCUCGGCCACCCGCGAGGCGGCGGCUCCGGGGAGUCCGACGGCGGCGAGGGCCGCUUCCCGCUCAUAUGAGCGCCCGCGGCCGCUCGAGGACCGCGCGACGGGACGGGGCUGGGGGCUGCGUGUGGGACGCCACGGUCGGGGCGGCGGCGGCAGCCACCAACUGCCUCAGGCCCCGCCUGGCAACCGGGCCUAAUCGCCCUGCGACUGGGUUGGGGUCAUCCUCCCACCCCCUCCAACGUCCGCUUUCCCGGGAUCUUAAGUUUCCCUACGUUUAAGACGGUUCAAGGAAACAUUAAGCACGCGCGGCGCGGGCAACAGAGCGCACGAGCCCGGAGCGCAACUUUGAAGGACGUGCCCACCCUCAGCCUCGCCUCGGAUUGUGUUCACCCACUCGUAAGUGCCUGCUUCCCGAAUCAAAGAGAACACGUGAGCCCCUGAGAGCGUCGGGAGAAGGGCAGUAACCUUUAGGGGACGAGGGGGAAAGGACGCAGU